CUGGGCUACAAAAUAAGAGUGUAAAGCAUCAAACGGUAUCUAUGUAAAGGAUUAUGAAUUGCUGAAGUUGUACUCAGCUGUUUCAAAACCUGUUGCAUCCAGUUAUUCAGAUGUGUAGGACAAUGAUUCUUCAUUAGUGAGACAGAAGAAAAUAAGAGUGUAGCAAAUUAUUCACUACCAAUGGCCAUGUGGGCAGAAGGGCUGUAUACAGAGGAUCCAGGAAAAAAAAAAAAAAAAAAAAGAAAAAACAGGAAAAAGAAAAGAUUUAGCAAAAAGACUGUGUACUUUUUUUUUUCUUCUCAGCAGGAAAUGGAAGUUUUUCAGAACAGUAAUAUUAACAGGCAAGAGUGCACAGCAAGUGAGACCAACUAACAAAGCAGAAAUCAGUACUGAGAUCAUUGGACAACACCUGACGUAAAAGAAGACCCUUUUCUAAAUGACAAGCACAGCUGCAAAGUGCUGCAUUCUUGGAAAGCUGGAAUGGGAGCAGCUGCUGAGUGGAGCACUGCCUGCAGAACACUGAAGGAGUGAAUUAUCAAUUUAUUUCAGCUCUACAAGCAUGACUGAGACAUGUUAGCAGCACGCGUGUAAUGCAAAGAAAUACUUGCCACAUAAAAGAAAGCACAGUAUCCAAUUACUGCAUUUUGCAGCAGUUUCUCAACUUAGGUGCAGCUGGAAGAGAAAUGAAAGCAAUGUUGCUUCAUACAGGCAUUUUCUUCCACUAAAUGAUCAGCGCCAGCAACAAAGCAAACAACAGAAGCCUUCCCUCAGAUUUUAAGACUUCUGCUUGCUUUGUAAUACUUUUAAAACGCAGCACUGAAUGGCGCAGUUACUUCACAGCUGUUCUAGAACCAGUCCAAAACAUCACAAAGAAAGGCACUGCUCAAAGGGAAGAGACCAAACCUUUCAGUUCUGAUUAUGGAUCGUUAUUACAAAAACUGCAUCUUCCCUGUCUGUCAGUAGCAGUGAGUUGGACAGCCUGCAGCCCUGCCACCGCCUGUGCUUGCCCUGCGUUCUUGUGAGGGCAGAGGAUGUAGUGUUUGUGCUGUGAAUUAUUAUUACAUGAAGUAAUAAUGGAAAAUGGCAGGAGUUAAAGCUUUACCAUCUGUUAGUUAAAUAGUGAGUGCUUGGGAGGACUCCCACCUCACAGACCUGCUCUCCCUCCAGAAAUAACAAGAGGCUACACAGCAUUUCAUCUCCUACUAAAAGUGCCUACUUCAGGCAAAUUUCAGAUAAAUCAGCCAGCUUCACAGAGUAACACAGAAGAGUGUCUCCAUGUUGCACAAUGUAAAACAUCAGAUAAAUCCCAAAAUGAGUCACUCCAAACAUGACCACCUCGCACAUUCAAGUCAACAGUCUGAUGAUGCCUUUCCACCUACAUACAUUCUUUUUGAAUACUGUCUCAAUAUAAAGGACACAGCCAAAUCAGGCUGGAUGCCUCUUCACAGAGCUGCAGGGUCACUGAACACAGAGGCAAUAGCAGCUUUAAUUGCGUCUGGAGCAAACACCAAUUCUACUACUGCAACCUGUGGCAGAACUGCCCUUCACAUCGCAGUGUGUGCAGCGUCAUCCAAAGCAAGAAGAAUUUUAGGUGUCAAUACAGAUUGCAUCUCUUUACUAUUAAGUAAUGGAGCCAAUGUAAAUAUUCAAGAUCAUGAAGGACGAACACCUGUGCACGAGGCCUGCUCAGGGGGUAGAAGGGAAAUAAUCGAUCUCCUUUUAGAGCAUAAAGCAGACAUGAGGAGUCUAACAAGAGAUGGGCAAUCUCCAAUCUUCCUUUUUCUUCAAAAGAGAUCACAUUUAAAAGACAGAGCACUGAUGAACAAGUUGCUGGGAUUCUCAUAUCCACUGAAGUUAAGAGACAAUCAAGGACAUCUACCCGCUGGCCUCCUGUUCUCAGAAUUCCAAAUGCUGAAAGACUCCCUUCUAACAUUAUCACAGAAAUUACUGUCCCUGGAGGAUAUAUGCAAGAUCACUGUAAGAAGAAUAUACGGAGAAAGCAACAAGUACUGGCUCAAAACCAGGCUUCCAGCAGCUGUAUGGAAUUCAUUAUACAGCUAUCAGGAUGUAGGAAAAUAUGCCUGUGAUGACACGGAACAGGAAGGCAAACUGAAAUAAUGUAAAGCCUGAACAGCCUGUAGAGAAAUUAAAAUUGAUCCAGAAUGAAGAUAAAUGUUGUGUGUUCUGAAUUGCUCCAAAUUUUCAUUCGCAGAGCUUUAAUUACCAAGGUAAUAUUUCCUCUGAUUUCCUCAAAGAGCUGCCAUCUCAGGUGCAGAAAACUUCUGAAGGAAGCAGAGCAGAAUACACACUCACUUCACUGCUAAUGGAUUAUGAGAGGUUAAGCAGGAGUGAGGGGGAAAAAAAGCAAGGUGUAGUCAACCUACACUUCACAUUGAAGCCAGCCUGUAAGUUGGAACUUGAAACACAAGGGCAGUUUUUAAAAAACCUACAAAGGAACAUACAAAAAUCAUCUACUGCAACGCAUUCAAAGUGUUUUUUCUAAGUCUGAUCUUCAUUACAUUUAAUAGGAAUUAAAAUAAACUCUUCAUUCCUUCAGUGAAGUCACUUACAAUUUCAGUCCCUCAUAUUAGACAGGAAUUAGACAGGAACUAUUUUGAAAUUAACAGGAGUUGAUUUGCAAUUGAGGGAAAACUUGACUAAAAAGAAUAAAAAGAAAAGAAAUAUUUUCCUAAGCUUAUCAGAAUUUACUUUUAAGUGAAGUAACCUAAAAUAUGCCUGCAGUGAAGAAAUCGUGGUGAAGGUACAGCAGAGAAGUAUUUUUCAUUUACAACGCAGCAAAAUUUCAGAGCCCAGAUCCCCUCAGAAGCUGUUUUCGUUCUCCCAUCACAUAAGUUAUCUUUGUUUUCUUUAGCCUCAAAUGAUAGCUUA